GGCAGUAUCAACCUGGCCGCAAACAUUUGGCUUCGUGUGAUGCGCUGCAUGUUGGAAGGUAUUUUGCAGUAAAUAUAAUAAGCUUCAGGCCAUUCUUCACGAAAAUUUAAAUAUAAAAUUAUUUUGGCUCUCUGCCCAAUGCUCAUUGUCUCUCUGCUAUACCUCUCAACUCUGGUCCUCUCUUCCGCCAUAUCCUAAGCUUCUAUCUCUCUCCAUAGAGAGAUAAUAGGUUUCCACGACGAGCAAGUUUGUCAUCUGAAGAAUGCAGAAGCUUUUCUAGAGAUAUAGCUUGUGUUUUGGUUCAAGAGCUAGUUACAAAGUCCAGAACAUAGACAGAGCAAGCAUGGAAGACCCUCCAAUAAUCACAGCUCAUUCUGAAACCAAAGCAACAGUCCUUUCACCAUACUAAGAUCUUUCACAGCAAAAACUUCUAAAGCACAAAAAGGAAAAUAAAGUUUCUUUUGCUUUCUUAAAGCAUUUACUUUUCCUUUCGUCUCCAAAUCUCAACAGGAGAUUGAUCUAUUGGAGAGGAAGAACUGAGAUCAAGAAAAUGGGUUGCUGGUAUUCAAGAUUAGAGAGGGAAGAAAUGGUUUCCAGAUGCAAAGCAAGAAAAAGGUACAUGAAGCAGUUGGUGAAUGCUAGGCAAGCUGUCUCUGCUUCCCACGCAAUGUACCUUCGUUCCCUGCGUGCUACUGGUUCAGUGCUUCUUCAGUUCUCCAGUACAGAAGCCAAUCUCCACCUCCAUCAUCACCGCCACCACCAGCACCAUCUCCCACCUGUCUCACCCUCGCCACCUCCUUUACCACCCACGCCGCCACCUCCUCCUCCACCAAUGAGCCCCAGCUCCGACACUUGGACUUCCAUAACCACCUCCACAGCUCUCCCCCCGCCUCCUCCGCCACCGCCGCCUCAGUCUUCAAGCUGGGACUUCUGGGAUCCUUUCGUCCCGUCGCCUCCUCAGACAUCACGGUCAGUAACUGAGGAGGAGUGGGAAGAGGUGACAACCGCGACGGCGUCUGAAGUGGCGGUCACGCCUACAGGGACAGCAGCUAGCCUAACGGCGCCACCAUCGGUAAUGAGUGGGUUCUCGAAGGAUACUGGUAGUGGGAGCGGGAGUAAGCUUGCCAUGGUGGUUUCGAGGAAUGGCAAGGAUCUGGCGGAGAUUGUGAAGGAAGUUGAUGAAUAUUUUCUCAAGGCUGCUGAUGCUGGUGCUCACCUUUCUUUGCUUUUAGAAGUUCCAACCCCAAACUUUUCCUGCCAAAGCAAAGGAGGUAAAGUUUAUGACCAUGGAUGCAAUUUGACAAAUCCAUCAUUAUGGACAUGGGGUUCAAGUCCAAAAAUGAAUGGAUUCGGAAAGAUGGGGGAGGGAAUGGCUGGAAAUACUACAGGAAUUAGCCACUGCUCCACUGUAGAGAGGCUGUAUGCAUGGGAGAAAAAAUUAUUUCAGGAGAAUGCUGAAAGCAUAAAGAUUGAGCAUGAGAAGAAGGUGGCAUUGCUGAGGAAGCUAGAGGUAAAAAGGGCUGACUAUGUAAAGACGGAGAAGACAAAGAAAGAAGUGGAAAAAUUGGAGUCACUAAUGAUGGUUGCUACACAGGCCAUUGAGACUACAUCUGCUGAAAUCAUCAAACUAAGGGAGACAGAGCUCUACCCUCAACUUCUUGAGCUUGUAAAAGGAUUGAUGUGCAUGUGGAGAAGCAUGUACGAGUCUCAUCAGGUCCAAAUGCACAUAGUUCAGCAGCUCAAAUACCUCAACACCAUACCAUCUACUGAACCCACGUCUGAGAUUCACAGGCAAUCCACUCUCCAGCUCGAACUUGAAGUUCAGCAAUGGCACCAAUCCUUCUGCAACCUAAUGAAGGCACAGCGUGAUUACAUCCAGUCUCUAUCGGGUUGGCUUCGGCUCAGUCUUUUCCAGUUCAACGCAAACCCACUUUCCAGAACCAAUCAAGAAUCUCAAAUUUACUCCAUUUGUGAGGAAUGGCACCAUGCAGUUGAUCGAAUUCCAGACAAAGUGGCGUCUGAAGGAAUUAAGAGCUUUUUAACAGUUAUUCAUGCCAUAGUUGUCCAACAAGCAGAAGAGCACAAGCAAAAGAAGAGGUCAGAAUCAGCAUCCAAGGAGUUUGAGAAGAGGACUGCUGAACUUAGAUCACUGGAAAGGAAGUAUGGUCCAUAUUCAGUGCCAGAAACAUCUGGCAACACAAGAAGCAAGGAUCCAGUAGUAGUGAAGCGGGCUAAGGUUGAGAUUAUGAGAGCAAAAGCAGAAGAGGAGAAAAGUAAGCAUGAAAAAUCAGUAAGCAUAACGAGAGCAAUGACACUGAAUAAUCUGCAAAUGGGAUUCCCACAUGUCUUUCAGGCGAUAGUUGGGUUUUCAAGUGUAUGCAUGCACGCAUUCGAGUCCGUAUACAACCAAGCAAAAAGUACCCAAACAGUAAAUGAUGUGAAGAGAAUAUUACCCUAAGAAGAGAUCCAGAUUUAAUUGGUUUUCUGUAUAUAUAUAGAUAGGGCUUCUAAUUCUGUAUCUGGAUUGAAUCUUGUAUAAGUGUUUGAAAAAUUCAUGUUCGCAUCGGGCAGCAAAGAUGGGGCAUAUAGAAGAACUGGCAGCACUUUGUAAGUGUGCUGGUGUAGACCUUGGUGAGCCAUAGAGCUAGAAGUUUUGAAUUUGGGGUUUUCAUUAUAAAGUGUUCUGUCUCAGGGAACUUUGUGAAUGGUUUUGAAUUUUCUUUUCUGUAUUGCUGUC